ACACACAUUAUAGAUAUAUAUAUAUCUCGGACGUCGCAGUAAGCACCGCUCUUCCGAAACUUGACGUGUAUAAAUAACCCCAUUCGCCCCCAAUUUCAAUUCAAAUCUCCAAUUUCGUUCUUCUUUCGAUCUGAUCUGCUACGGACACAGAACCAAACACUACGCAAAAUGGCGAUGGCGAGGGCAAGCUCUGGCCUCGCAUACCCCGAGAGGUUCUACGCCGCCGCCUCCUACGUCGGCUUCGACGGAUCUCCCAAUUCCUCUUCCAAAGCCCUCACCUCCAAGUUUGCAAACGACGUCGCUCUUUUGCUCUACGGAUUGUACCAGCAGGCUAGUUCUGGACCUUGUAAAAUCCCAAAACCCAAAGGUUGGAGUCCCGUUGAGCAAAGCAAAUGGGCGAGUUGGCAUGGGCUUGGAAACAUGGCUUCCACUGAGGCAAUGCGUCUCUUUGUAAAAAUAUUGGAGGAAGAAGAUCCGGGAUGGUAUUCAAGGGCAUCCAACUUUGUUGCGGAGCCUGUUGUAGAUGUGGAAAUUAACCAUAUUCCAAAGGUUAAACCAGUCACUGACAAUGGAAACACUUCUCCCGAGACAAAGACUAUUCCCACUGAAAACGGGAGCCUGUUGGAAACUCAGGAUAAAGAUGUUGUAUUGGAGGGCCUUGGUUCAGUUGGUGUCUAUGAUCAAUGGGUUGCACCUCCAGUAUCUGGUCAACGGCCCAAAGCUCGAUACGAGCAUGGAGCAGCAAUUAUUGAUGAUAAGAUGUAUAUAUUUGGUGGAAAUCACAAUGGACGUUACCUUAAUGAUCUUCAGGUACUGGAUUUAAGAAGUUGGACUUGGUCCAAGGUCGAAGUUAAAUCCGGGGCCGACUCUCUGGAAUCACCAUCUCCAGUACCAAUACCUCCCUGUGCCGGCCAUUCCUUGAUUCCUUGGGGAGGAAAUAAGCUUCUUUCAAUUGCUGGACAUACAAAGGAUCCUUCUGAAGCUAUGCAAGUGAAGGUAUUUGAUCUGCAAACUUGUACUUGGUCAAACUUAAAGACUUAUGGGAAGCCACCGGUCUCACGCGGAGGCCAAUCAGUGACCCUUGUAGGGACAAAUUUAGUCAUAUUUGGUGGACAAGAUGCGAAGCGAUCUCUCUUGAAUGACCUGCACAUUCUGGACUUGGAAUCCUUGACCUGGGAUGAAAUGGAUGCCUUGGGAGUGCCACCUUCUCCAAGAUCUGAUCAUGCUGCUGCAGUUCAUGCGGAGCGUUACCUUCUUAUCUUUGGUGGGGGUUCACAUGCUACUUGCUUCAAUGAUCUGCAUGUCCUUGAUUUGCAAGCUAUGGAAUGGUCAAGACCAACACAACAGGGUGAGAUACCAACUCCACGUGCUGGCCAUGCGGGUGUAACAGUUGGGGAAAAUUGGUUUAUUGUUGGAGGUGGUGACAAUAAGAGUGGGGUCUCUGAAACUGUUGUCCUCAACAUGUCUACUCUGGUUUGGUCAGUGGUAACUAUCGUUCAAGGACGUGUUCCUCUUGCUAGUGAGGGCCUGAGUUUGGUUCUGAGCUCCUAUAGUGGUCAAGAUAUUCUAAUAUCUUUUGGAGGAUACAAUGGGCGGUACAACAAUGAGGUUAACGUCCUUAAACCAAGCCAUAAAUCAACCUUGCAAUCAAAAAUGAUGGAGACUCCUGUGCCUGACAGUGUUUCUGCCGUGCAUAAUGCUACGAAUGCCACAAGAGACUUGGAUUCUGAGUUUGAAACCAGUCAAGGAAAAAUAAGGGAAAUUGUUAUGGACAAUGUAGAUUCGGAGCCCACGAGAAACCAAAACAAAAACAGCAGUGAAAAUGUUAUAGCAACCCUUAAGGCAGAGAAAGAAGAAUUAGAAUCAUCACUUAGCAAGGAGAAUAUGCAGUCUCUCCAGCUAAAGGAAGAACUAUCAGAAGCCGAGACUCGAAACAGAGAACUGUACAAGGAGCUCCAAUCUGUACGUGGUCAACUUGCUGCUGAGCAGUCGAGAUGUUUCAAACUUGAGGUUGAUGUUGCAGAGCUACGACAGAAGCUACAGAUGAUGGAAACCUUACAAAAAGAACUCGAACUCCUCCAGCGACAAAAGGCCGCUUCCGAACAAGCUGCCAUGAAUGCAAAACAAAAACAGGGCUCAGGUGGUAUGUGGGGUUGGCUUGCUGGAACCCCUCCCGACCAAAAAACCGAUGACGCCUGAGAAAUCACAAACCGAAAUACAUAGUGAUUGCUAGAGUUUGGUCUCAUUGAUCCAUUUUUUCCUUAAUUUUUUUUUUUAACCCAGUUUUUUAAGAGAUGGAAAUAAGAUAUAUCUGAGUUCUGUUGGCCUGAAGUAUCCUAUUGGGUUUCUGGUUGUAUACAUGAAAUUUCAGCUAUGUAAUUGCAUGAGGCUGUCAUUCUAUAGUUUGCCUUUUACAGUUUUUAUUUGGAGUUUGUAUUUGAAUUUUGAAGUUAAGAAAUUAUUUUGAGGUGGAAGUAUAGAAUUUCAGUAUUUUCCUUCAA